CGAAAAGCUGAAAGCAAAGCAGCUGUGAACAAAAAGAGUCAAAAGUCGAUCGAAAAACCAAAAUCCAAAGAGAAUCGUGGAACAGAUCAUCGAUCUCGGUUUUAGGUUUGAGUGUUUUCAGAUCGGAUGGCGAGUCCUCAUUCGGGGCGAUUUGCAGUUACUCCCACGACACCCAACAAUUCGUCUAGGGUUUUGAGUUUGAAAAGCCCUUUGACUGAUGAAACCAUAUGGAAGCGUCUUCGUGAAGCUGGCUUCGAUGAAGAAUCGAUUAAGCGAAGGGAUAAAGGUUCACUCAUCGCUCACAUCGCUAAACUCGAAGCUGAGAUAUACAACCUUCAAAAUCAAAUGGGCAUUUUGAUAAUUGAAAAAAAAGAGUGGGUUGCGAGCUAUGAACAGAUGAAAUCCACCGCAGAGUCAGCUGAAAUGACACUCAAGAGCAACCAAGCUGCUCAUUUAUCAGCUUUAGCUGAAGCAAAGAAAAGGGAAGAGAAGUUGAAAAGCUCUAGGAAUAGAGAAAGAAUGUGUUUCCAAUAUUGA